AUGGCUACACUCAAGGCGUCGUUCCGGGGAGCUCAGCGCCGUCUCCUUCCUCGACUCCAGCAGGGGACCUUUCGUCCAGCACAAAGUGGAUUUUACGUUUCAAAGGAAGGGCAAACGAGCUAUUUCACUGAGAAGGACAUGCUGUUCCAUGCAACAGGCUCCACCACCAGCAUGGCCUGGGCGAGCUGUUGCCGAGCCUGGCCGGAGGUCAUGGGAUGGCCCAAAGCCUAUCUCGAUUGUUGGAUCAACUGGUUCCAUAGGAACACAGGUUUCAAGUCUAGUCAACAUGUUGCUCAUAACAAUUUGUUUGAUGUUAAUCGACAUCUCUUACAUUUACCUUAUGAUAAGUUGAUAGCACUAAUAUUUCAUCUUUUACAUAAUGCAAAGACAUUGGACAUUGUUGCGGAGAAUCCUGAUAAGUUCAGAGUUGUUGCUCUUGCUGCUGGAUCCAAUGUCACGCUUCUAGCUGAUCAGGUCAAAACAUUCAAACCUAAGUUGGUUGCUGUAAGAAACGAAUCAUUAGUUGAUGAACUAAAAGAAGCCUUAGCUGAUUGCGAUGAGAAGCCAGAAAUUAUUCCUGGGGAGCAAGGUGUCAUAGAAGUCGCUCGGCACCCAGAUGCAGUUACAGUUGUCACAGGGAUAGUAGGGUGUGCAGGGCUGAAGCCUACAGUUGCUGCAAUCGAAGCUGGUAAAGACAUAGCAUUGGCAAACAAAGAGACGCUUAUUGCAGGUGGUCCUUUCGUGCUUCCCCUUGCACACAAACACAAAGUGAAAAUUCUUCCUGCUGAUUCUGAGCACUCUGCAAUAUUUCAGGACUGGCCAGUUGACAGGCUGAAAGAUGUAAAAGUUGCUGACGCUUUAAAGCAUCCAAACUGGAAUAUGGGAAAGAAGAUCACAGUAGAUUCUGCUACUUUAUUCAACAAGGGUUUAGAAGUUAUUGAAGCACAUUAUUUAUUUGGUGCUGAAUAUGAUGACAUUGAGAUUGUCAUUCACCCACAGUCUAUCAUACACUCUAUGGUUGAAACCCAGGAUUCAUCUGUCCUAGCUCAAUUGGGAUGGCCGGAUAUGCGGAUACCAAUCUUAUACACCUUAUCGUGGCCAGAUAGAAUCUAUUGCUCUGAGGUCACGUGGUCUCCGCCUGGAUCUUUGCAAUAUGGGAUUGUUCUAAUAAGCUACUGGUAUAUGAUGGCAAUACUUGAUAGAUCUGUCAGGGGAGAGUAUUCUUCUUCAGAGGAUACAAAAGAAGAAUCAGAUCUAGUUGAAGAUGGGGGAACUCCACCCCUUGAUUUUGAUGAUCCAGUUGAUGGCAUGUUUACUGGCAACAUCAGUGAAGAUGAGCACAAUAGUCAAGAUCAUGUGCCUUUUAUUGUGCGGUUAAGGAGGAUGCGUAAAGAAAAUAUUGUCCAACAAGAAACAGGCAAUGCAACAAAUAUGGAUCCUCUAGAUUUCACCCCUCCAGACUUCAAGCUUUUUGAUGAAGACAACAUUUCUUCCACCAAGUCUGCAGGAGGUUUUGGUGGUGCUACAUGCUCACUUGAUGAGAUACCAGAAGAAGAAUUUCAUAAGUUAGAAGAUGAUGCCAUCAAAGAGAAUGAAUCAAGAAAGAGGAAAGCACUGGUUGAGGAGCCUAGUAGUGGAAAACUUUCAGUUACACUUGCAUAUCAACCUCCGCCAAAACGAGCUUUGAAAAGGCCAGCUACUUUGCGAUCACCAUAUGUUGAUUACACAUCAAAGAUGGAUUUCAAGUGCACUAAAGAUGUUUGUGAUGUCUAUGAUGCGGUGUGUGCACAUGCAAGCCAUGAUUGUGGAUUUCAUAUGCUCAUGCAUGCUGAGCACUGGGAUGGCCAUACAAUAUACAACUUCAUGGAGAAAGAUAUUCCCAAUAUACGAAAGCUAUUGACACACAAGUGGGUGACACACCCCGACAAUGAAACAAAUUGGAGGGACAAGUUAAAGCUGGGCCAGGUGUCUUAUGGUAACGAACAAAUAAAGUCUGAAUAUAUACCGUACAUAAGCUAA